UACAGCUUGUCUUUAAAUGAGUGCAGUUAUCUGGUUCCCAGUCAGUAUUAAGGGAGAAAACUCCUCCGGGCUUGUUUGCUUUGGUCGCGUGCAAUUUGUGAUGUCAUAAAUAAGUGACGACAUCGAGAUCAGACGUGAAAUUGUCCUUUUCCACGCUGGAUUCAAGCAGGAAGGUCGACUAUUUUCUUUCUCUUUAAAUUUUUAAAUAAUUUUGUUUUAAUUCGAUAUAUAAAAAUAGCAUUAACGUAGAGUUAACAAUUUAAAAUAAAUUAGUAGUAAUAUCAGUAAGCUCUGUAUCAUAGCGCAAUAAUUGUCGUCUUUUUUAAUUUUAUAAAACUGCUUUAUGAAAUUACGAUAGAAAAGACCAGUCAUUGAGUCUGUGAUUUCAUUUCGAGGAAAAUGAAUGCCGUAUAAAAAAGAAAAAGAAAAAAGUUUAGAGUUGAUUUAUACCUAGUCGAUACAAUUAUUAUUUUUGUUUAAUAGCUUGUCUAUAUAUUUUAUUCUUUUUCUUUGAGAAAAAUGCCUCGGACACAAAAAUCCACAUCAAGAAAGAGACGAGGGACCACUGCAACAAGACAGACCAAUUCCAAACGGGACACGCAUCAUACAAAUGUGUCUGAUCAGACAAGGGUCACCACCACGACACAAACAGACAAUAACACGCCAGUACAAAAUGAUUCAUUCGUUACACCUCCGGCUAUGGAUGCAAUGUAUGGUUAUGUGGACAAUGUGAAUCAGGGUUAUAAUUAUGUGGACAGUUAUGCUGAUCAGUGUUGUGGGAAUAUCCCAGCCCAGGGACGUACAAUUGCGGACCCAAACAUAUAUGGACCACAGCUCGGAAUCACUCAUGCAUUCGGGCCUCCACCACCGCCACCGCCACCGCAGCAUUAUACACAGGGAUCAAAUAUAGCCCAUACUCCAGUCAAUCCUGCCUCACGGGUAUUCGGGCCUCCACCACCGUCUCAGCAGCACUUGGUUACACAGGGAGCCAAUCUAGUAGCUCCUACCUCAUCAGCGUUCCGGCCACCACCACCGGCACCUACCUCAUCAGUAUUCGGGCUUCCACCAUCGGCACCUCCUACCUCAUCAGUGUUCGGGCCUCCACCUCCGGUACCUCCUACCUCAUCAGUAUUCGGGCCUCCACCACCGGCACCGGCACCACAUGUUAUGUCACAAUAUCAAGGAACCAGUCAAGUAGCUCCUGCCGGAGCUGUGUUCGAGCCCCCGAUGUUACAUGGAGCCAACACAGAUACGCCCGCAUCAGGUGCUUCCGAGGUAUUGGUGAUAGGGUCCUCGAUUAUCCGAGACGCUUUCUACUAUGCCAGAGAAAAUCAAGGUUGCAACCUCGGAUUGGACGUUAAUAUUAUUUGGGAUUUCAGGCCGGGAAUGAAAGUUCAGCACUUGGCUAAAGGAAUACAACAGCUUUCAUUAAAAUAUCAAAAAUACACGGACCUACUUAUCAUUCACUGUGGGGGUAAUGAUAUUGGACAGACACCCUUAAAUGAGGCUGAGCUUCUAGCUAUACGCACACUGAACGAUAUCCAUCAGUUAUGUAUUUAUAAAAAUUGUGUGGUCGCAAAUUUUACCACGUCUCUGUUACCGUGGUGAACGUAAUCACGUUAAGUUGAACAAGGCCCGAAAGCGUUUUAAUACCACACUCCAAUCAUAUUGUAAAGCAAUUGGUGGUGCCUAUAUCAGACACCAGGAUAUAGUUGAGGCUCAGCCUUUUUUCCGGGAUAUGGUUCAUUUAGCUGACUUCGGUAAUGAAAUCUUUACAAAUAAUUUGAAAGAGGGUAUUGUGGCUAUUUUGCAACAUAACAGAGACUGUUACCCGUAAAAUAAUGUAUUACUCAAAAGUUUUUAGACAUUGAAACGCAAUAAAAGUAGUGACCGAAAUCCGGCACUAUUUGCAUAACUAUAUGGUAUUAUAAAUGUAUAAGCAGAUGAACCGCUUACUAUAUAUAUAUAUAUAUAUAUAUAUAUAAAUAAACCUUCCUGUUUGAACUUGAUAAUUAAUAAUCAAAAUAUCUCCGACAGUUUUUUCAAGUUUCUGAGCUUUAUAUUCAUGAUAUUUUUCAAGAUUGGCAGGGUCCGAAUUCCGGUACUAGCUCCGACGUCCGGAGAUGCAUAUACAUAUCACUGAAUACCGGCACUAGCUCCGACGUCCGGAUAUUAUACAAUCAAUAUUUGGUGACCGAAUUCCGGCACUAGCUCUGACUUCCGGAGAUCUGACCAAUAUUGGUGACCGAAUUCCGGCACUUGCUCCGACGUUCAGGUGUAUAGAUUUAAUAUGUCGUAUAACCAUUACCGUUGACUGAAUUUUCGGCACUAGCUCAGAUGUCAGGAGAUACAGAUAUUUAACAUAUUUCCACUAUCGUUCACUAACUCCGACAUCCGGAGAUAUAGAUAUGUAUCACAUAAUCAAUAUAGGCGACCGGAUUCCGGCAGUACCUCCGACGUCUCGGAAAAGAUUAUUAUAUAUUUGAUAUCAAAAAAAAAAUAAAUAAAUAAAAAUCACUAGUGGUGACCGAAUUCCGGCAUAAGUGUCCGAUGUCGGGAACAUAGAUUUUAGCGAUGACCGAAUUCCGGCAUAAGCUCCGAUGUCCGGAGAGAUGUAAUAAUUACAAUUAAGCGGUGUCCGAUUUCCGGCACCCUUUUCUGAUGCCCGAAAUCCGGCGUCACGUUUCCGAGAUCCGGAAACAGAUUUGCAGAUCAUCUAAAACCCUGUAUUGGAUGUGCCAUAUGAUCGCUAUAUUAGCGGGCCAUCCAAGAUUAUCGGCGUCCGAACUCCGGGGCCACCUCCGAUAUCCGGAGUAAUUUUCACGAAUAUCUGUAGAAAUUGGGGGGUCCAGUUGAAUUUGAAGGGGGCCUUAAUACAUUUUGGCUGUUUAGGGCUAUUGAUAAUGCGCUUGUCCUUGGCAGGGCUUGGUCCUUGGCUUAUCUCUCGGACCGGCGCUUUGGCAUUCUAGCGCACUUAUCAAUAACAUAUUCAUGUUGUUUCAAGUCAUUCGGCAUUGUACAUGAUUGGUAUUUAUAUUACUAAACAUCUUUCUUGCAUAUUUGCAAUCGCAGUCAAAGUUAUACUACAAUUUUUGUAUAAUAUCUCUUCAAAAUUUGCAUGUACAAUGUAUUUUUUUAUUAACAGUCAGUCAUGGCCAAAGCAAUUGCCAUCCUUUUAAACUCUUAAUAUUAUAUCAUGAUAUGAAUACUUACUUGAAUUGAAUAGAACGUAUAAACAUAUAAUUGUGUUGUUAGUUUUCUCCUAUGGUGACCAGGUAAAUCCAGUCAUUUACAGCUUGUCUUUAAAUGAGUGCAGUUAUCUGGUUCCCAGUCAGUAUUAAGGGAGAAAACUCCUCCGGGAUUGUUUGCUUUGGUCGCGUGCAAUUUGUGAUGUCAUAAAUAAGUGACGACAUCGAGAUCAGACGUGAAAUUGUCCUUUUCCACGCUGGAUUCAAGCAGGAAGGUCGACUAUUUUCUUUCUCUUUAAAUUUUUAACCCUCCCACCCCAAAAACCCAUUAGUAUCGAAGAGUUGCUUCGUUCUGUUUCUUUAUAUUUUCAGGAUAACACGUUCACUUAGAUCUAUUGUAUGCUAUUCAUCGGUACACUCAUAUGAUUUCGUCAUGACUGACUGCUGGAAAGAACCUUGACAGACUUCCAAAACAGGAUCCCAGUGAUUACGAAAUAUGCAGAAACUGUCAAUGUGACUAUUUUUAAAAUUAUAUAGCUGUAAUAUGUGAAAUAGUGUUAUUAUAUAGCUGUAAUAUGUGAAAUAGUGUUCUUGGGAUCUUGAUGAUAUAACGGUAUAAUAACAAAGUGAAUUAAGAAAAGUCAUUUGCAGUAGACCCUCGUCUUCGGAACUAUAUAGAUCUAUAUGUGAUAGCUGAACAUUAGAAAAUUUAUAUGACUUAGAAUAACACUUUUAUCUAAAUAAUGAUGUUAAUGUAAAAUAGUUAUGAGACUAUAGUGUUCUUGGGAUCUUGACGAUAUAACGGUAUAAUAACAAAGUAAAUUAAGAAAAUGUUAUUUCAGUAGACAUCUUUAUCUUUAGUACUAGUAUGUAUAUGUGAUAGCUCAACAUUAUAUAUGACUAAGAAUAACAAAUUUAUCUAAGAUAAUCAUGUUAAGGUUCAUUCCAUAGUAGACAAUGCUUGUUACGUUUUGAUAUGGCAUUCUAGCGCACUUAUCAAUAACAUAUUCAUGUUGUUUCAAGUCAUUCGGCAUUGUACAUGAUUGGUAUUUAUAUUACUAAACAUCUUUCUUGCAUAUUUGCAAUCGCAGUCAAAGUUAUACUACAAUUUUUGUAUAAUAUCUCUUCAAAAUUUGCAUGUACAAUGUGUUUUUUAUUAACAGUCAGUCAUGGCCAAAGCAAUUGCCAUCCUUUUAAACUCUUAAUAUUAUAUCAUGAUAUGAAUAUUUACUUGAAUUGAAUAGAACGGAUUAACAUAUAAUUGUGUUGUUAGUUUUCUCCUAUGGUGACC